UUCCGGACUCCCCACCAAAUAAUUUCUCGCCACCAAAGGGGAAGUAAACUGGACGAAAUUCCUCUUGGCAAUUUCCCUGGGGUGUAAAGCCAAUCUCCAAAGCCAGUCUUCCAUUUUGGAGCACAAUCGAAUCCAUGGCUGCGAUCUACAAUCUCUUCAUCAUAAACAAAUCAGGGGGUCUCAUCUUCUACAAGGAUUACGGAUCAGCUGGUAGAAUGGACACAAACGACAGCUUGCGGCUCGCAAGCCUUUGGCACUCGAUGCACGCCAUCUCCCAGCAGCUUUCCCCCACCAUUGGAUGCUUCGGCAUUGAGCUUCUUCAAGCCGACAACUUCGACCUCCACUGCUUUCAGUCGCUCACGGGAACCAAAUUUUUUGUGGUUUGUGAACCUGGAGCUCAGCAUAUGGAAGGACUCCUAAAGGUUAUUUAUGAGCUAUACACUGAUUUCGUGCUGAAGAAUCCUUUCUAUGAAAUGGAAAUGCCUAUCCGAUGUGAGCUUUUCGACAUCCAUCUUUCUCAAGCUAUUCAGAAAGAUCGUGUUGUUUUGCUUGGUAGAUGAACACAAAUCAUUUUUUUGUUUUGUAAUCUUUUGGUUCAAACAUAAAGUUCUUUGUAUGGAUUAAUCUGUUCUCUUUUAGUAAUCUUGAUGGUGGAUUGAUUUGACUGAAA